UGCCAGCCAGCCAUACUUAUCUCUACGGAAUACUGUCGCCUUUUCUCACCAACUUUGUAUCCUAUUGUGAUACUUUUACGGGAAUCAAUCGUCGCAAGCAGUUAGAGGCGCAUGGCGCACAAUCGUAUCUCCGGGAGCAUAUCCCGACACUUCCCAACAUGGUAUGUGAACUGGCUUCUCGCUGCCACAUUCAGAGUGCUGGGCAUUUGUGCAGGCGACAUCCCGUUCCAUCUGGUAGAUAUACACGACAGCAGUAGUCGCUUAGCUUAUUGUGGUAGUGUGGAUGCGAGCGCGCAUACAUUCCUCCUAAAAGGCGGAGCGCCGAGUGCUGAGCUUUUCAGACUGAUCAGAUAUCAAACUGUAUGCUCCGAUUUUGAAAGAUACUAGUACAAUGAGCCCGCCAUUCUCCUACCACCUUCGCGGUCGGUGGAAGCAUAAUACUCAAGUUCAAGUUCGAGCUUCCUUUGUCGUAGUCGCGAGAAGUUAUCGGACAUCGCACUCCGCGCGUUCUGGCAU